UCCCAACAAUAUACCAUUGAAACGAAGAACAUUUACAUAUUGAAAAAAUGGUAAGUGCGUCAAGAAAAACAUUCCUUCCCCUUGACCCAGUGACCUUCUCAAACGAGUCCAAAGCAGUGAUUGAUUUCAUUGCUGAUUACUACGAAAACGUUGAGAAAUACCCAGUUCAAAGCACCGUUGAGCCCGGUUAUUUGUCGGCCAUGUUGCCUGAGUCAGCCCCUUAUUGCCCUGAACCACUCCAAGACAUACUCGAAGAUGUCAGCAAUUGCAUCAUCCCAGGCCUGACUCAUUGGCAAAGUCCCAACUUCUUCGCCUAUUUCCAUGCAAAUGCUAGCACUGCUGGCUUUUUUGGGGAAAUGCUUUGUUCGGGUUUUAAUGUCGUUGGUUUCAACUGGAUUUCGUCACCGGCAGCGACUGAGCUCGAAUCCAUUGUCUUGGAUUGGAUGGGCAAAAUGCUUAAGCUACCAUCUUCCUUCUUGUUCUCCGGAACCGGUGGUGGAGUCUUGCAUGGCAGUUCAUGUGAGGCUGCUGUUUGCGUUUUGGCUGCUGCAAGGGACAAAGCCUUGAAAGAGCUUGGAGGGUGGGAAAACAUAACAAAACUGGUGGUUUAUGCGUCGGAUCAAGCGCAUUUCACUUUCCAAAAGGCAGCGAAACUCGUAGGCAUUCCCCCAUCAAAUUUUCGGUUAAUUGAAACAUCUUUUUCGACAGGGUUUUCGUUGUCACCUGAAAACCUUCGCUUCGUCAUUGAAGACAAUAUCAGAUCUGGUUUGGUGCCAUUAUUUUUAUGUGCAACCAUUGGGACAACACCCUCUGGAGCUGUCGAUCCUAUUGCAGAGUUGGGCAAAGUUGCCAUGGAAUUCAAGCUUUGGCUUCACAUUGAUGCAGCAUAUGCAGGAAGUGGCUGCAUUUGCCCCGAGCUCCGCCAUUAUCUUGAUGGAGUGGAGCUUGCUAAUUCCAUCAGCAUGAAUCCACAUAAAUGGUUUCUCACAAACAUGGAUUGCUGUUGUCUGUGGAUCAAGGAACCGAAGUUGUUGGUGGAUUCAUUGUCAACUGACCCUGAAAUUCUAAGAAACAACGCAAGUAAAUCCAAAGCAGUGGUGGACUGCAAAGAUUGGCAGAUAGCAUUGAGUAGACGUUUCAGGGCUUUGAAGCUUUGGGUUGUGAUUCGCCGACAUGGUCUGGCUAACCUGAUGUGCCACAUUCGAAGCGAUAUCGCCAUGGCUAAACGAUUCGAAGCACUUGUGGGAGAAGAUGAGAGGUUUGAGAUCGUAGUGCCUAGAAAGUUCGCAUUGGUUUGCUUCAGGUUGAAGCCCAAGGUGGAGGAGGAGGAUUUGAACUGUAAAUUGGUGGAGGCCAUAAAUUCAAGUGGAAGAGCGUUCAUGAGCCAUGCAGUGUUGAGUGGGAUUUAUGUAAUUCGAUGUGCCAUUGGAACAACUCUGACUCAACAACACCAUGUGGAUGCCUUGUGGAAACUCAUCCAAGACAAAGCUCAAAGUUUAUUGAUGUAGUAAGAUUUAGGAAAAAAAAAGAUAUGGUCUCUCUUGUUUCAACGCCACUCAAGCUGUACUUAUAAUUCAACCAAAUGUCGCUAGCAGGCGAAUCGGCUGAAGGAAAUUUAAUCGGUAUUCGGGAUUAGCAAGUUUAUUUGUACGUAUAAAUGUAGUGUGUGGGUGUAUAAGUCUGUUGAGUAUGGGCUUCUAUACUUUGUCUGCUAAAGUUUUAUGUAGGGGUGAGUAUUCGAUCGAAUCGAAUCGAAUAAAAAAUUUCGAGUUAAUCGAGUUUUCGAAUAUCAUUUUAUUAUCUUAACUUUAUUUGAAAUUUUCUCGAAUCGAGUCGAGUGAGAUGGAA